AACAGAGCAGAGGCUGGCGAAUCAGAAUUCCACAAUUGUGAUAAUAAGCUUUCAUAAGAAACUGUGUGGACAGCAGCGCAAUUCAGUCGAGCAAAACAAGGCGUAGCGCGAGCAAUACACAAUUCAAGCAAUUCAAAAACAAAUAGAGGAGCAGAUUUAUCAACUGAGCAGGAUGCGUUCAUGGAUGCUAAUCACAAUGCUGGCGGCAGGGCUGAUGCUGGAUGUGGCAUGGACCUUGCCGGUCAAUCUGGACGACAUCCAGGAGACGCCUGAGACCGAUGAGCAGCUGCUGAAGUUGCUGGGUGGCCAGAGCAUGGAGGACACGGAACAGGAGCAUCUGCGUGAGCGUCGCCAGCCCAUUGAGGAUCCGGAUCAACUCGAUUGCCACUCGCACUCGCAUUCGCACGCACAUCCCGAUGAGCUGGCACAUGAGCUGCACGGACACAGGCACGAGGCACGUUUCCGACGAGCAGCCGAUUCGAGUGGCUCAUCAGAGGAGAAAAAGCUGGGAGCAGAGAAGGAAAAGAAGGAUUCCAGUGGCUCUUCCGAAGAGAUUGGCGCUACUACCGCGUCACCCGCAAAUCGUCGGCGGCGCGCCGCAGCGGACUCCAGCGGCUCAUCUGAAGAAGCUGGAAAGGACAAAGCAAAGGAACAGGCCCAGGACAAGGACGACAGUUCGUCCGAGGAGAAGCCAAAGCGUAAGAAGCGAGCAGCUGCAGCGGACUCCAGCGGCUCAUCUGAAGAGGCUGGAAAGGGCAAAGCGAAGGAACAGGCCCAGGACAAGGACGACAGUUCGUCCGAAGAGAAGCCCAAGCGUAAGAAGCGAGCAGCUGCAGAGAAUUCCAGCGAAGAUUUAGAGUCACAAACAGCGACGAACGGCGUUGAAGAUGACUUUGACGCAAUACCCGAUUCCGAAUAUGCCCAGGGCUGCGGCAUACUCGACGUGAACUCCAAUGAGCUCAACAAUGAUACCAUCUAUAAGGAAUAAUCAUAGACCCAUUGCAUAUUUAAUUAAUCGUAUUUUUAGCAAAUAAAACAAAAAUGAAAACAUAAA